AUGGAGUUCCCAGAUCCUGUGAAGGAACCGGAGCCAGAGAAAGCUGCACCACCACCUAGAGCUAAGAUCGAGCGUGACGAUGGUGGAGGCGGUUUCGCUGCCCUGCUUCAGAAGCGAGCCGCGAAAUCAGCUGAGGCUAAUCGUAACGUUUUUGCACAGAAAGAGAGCGAAGCUGAUAUCCAGUGGAAGAAGGCAGCGGAGAACUUGAAAUCACGGCCGUUGAUCAUCAACGAUUUGGACUUCAGCGAGUUUCAUGCCGAAGAAUUUGAGCAGGAUCCGUUGGUUAUGGCACGGCUCGCCCAAAUGGCGCAAGACAAAGGAAUGCUGCCUGGAGGUCGAAUGAAUGGCGGUCCACCACCACCGCCGCCCAUGGGAUCUAUUCCUUUGCCGCCGAGA